AAAAAAAAAAGAGAGAGACAUAGAGAGAAAGGGAAAGGAAGAAAAGAAAAAGGAAGCCAGCGGCAAUGCCACCGGCACCGGCGGCGUUUAGAAGAGAAUGCGUAACAGAUAUCUUUAGUCAUUGUAUGCAAAGAAGAAACAACUUGAAUCUUGUUCCUUUUGAUCUUGAGAUAGAAAUAACUUUCAGAAGACGUCAAAGGGAGAAUUUACAAGUUGCAGCUUUAAGUCAAACAAUGGCUGAGGAUAACAAUAACAAUGGCAAUAAUACCAUUAAUCUGGUUUUCGAAGCAAAUAGAGCACUGCGAGAUUAUGUUGUUCCUCUUUUACAAGGUUGCACCAAAGCAUUAGGAGAUCUUCCAUCAAUGAAAAUAAUUUUGAAAUUAAACCAGCUUACAUUCAGAUGAUUCAGUCUUUAGUCUAGUAUGGUGGGUUAGCUACUGAUGAUCUUAAUUCUAAUUUGGUA